CAAGAACUGGACUGGAUGGAUGAAGAAACCAAAAAACGAGCCUUGCACAAGGCAUCUCAAAUUGUUCAACAUAUUGGUUAUCCUGAUGAGCUUAUGGAUAUGAAAAAAAUUGAAGAAUACUAUAAAGGGCUGGACAUUGACAAAGACCAGUACUUCGAAGCGUUGGUCGAUCUGUCUCGUUGGGCCGACGACUACAAGUUCCGCCAACUGCGAGAGGAGGUAAACAGGACAGACUGGAGGUCGCAUGGUACUGUCACUACGGUAAACGCCUUCUAUUACCAUAUGGAGAACUCAAUGCAAUUUCCAGCUGGAAUUCUCCAGCAGCCGUUCUUCAGCGCUCGGGUUCCUCAGUAUGUAAACUACGCUACGAUAGGGUUUGUUAUUGGUCACGAGAUUACGCAUGGAUUUAGUUAUAAGGGCAGCCAGUUUGAUUACAAAGGUGACCUUAACGAAUGGUGGGGGAAGGAAAGUAAGGAGAAUUUCAAGAAGAAGAAGAUGUGUAUAAUAGACCAAUACGCCAGCUAUAAAGACAGUCAGACUCAAUUAAACCUGAACGGCAUCAAACACACAGGGAGAAAACGUGGCAGACAACGGUGGAUUCAAGUUGGCCUAUCUUGCCUACCAUCGGAUAGCGAAUCAACUGGUGGAACAGGAACCAGGGUUGCCUAACUUAGAACAAUACAGCAAUGAUCAGCUGUUUAUGAUCAGUACUGCCAACCUCGAGUGCACGCGGUAUCGCCCUGACGCUCUCAGACUACAGAUCACUACAGACCCACAUUCCCCGGAAGAGUUUAGAGUUAACGGAGUCAUGAAGAACUUCCCGGAGUUUAGUAAGGUGUUCCAGUGUGGCCCUGGGGAUGCUAUGAAUCCGGAGAAUAAGUGCGCUGUUUGGUAAUCCCGGUAAAAAUUGCUGGAAUUAUUAUUAAUUGUGCUUUUAAUUAAUUAAUUUGUACUAGUUUGCUUUUUUAGUAUGGUUUUUGUCAUGUAAGUUUGCAAAUAAUUAGAAAAUUGAAUCUGAAUUAGGAGUUAAUAGAUUGUAGUAUUCACUCCGUACAUUGUUAGAAUAUAGCUAAAUAAACAGGUAGAGUUAAACAUGAUGAGUAGAAAAAAGUGGUCUGCGGAUUGUACCGUUAUUUAGUUGUAUUUUAUAUAACACAUAUUUUCCCAACCCUGUUACUAGUUACUGGUUAAUAUAAGUUAUAUCUGAUGUUCUCGGAACUAUACUCUUGACGGAUUAACAACCUAAUUGCCACGCAAUUAAUUUUUUCUCUCGUGAACUUUGUAGCUGCCGUUCCAGCUGCCGAGCAACAUAUGGUGUGCCUUUUCCGUAAGUAAAAAUUAUAUUUUCAUGUUAUAAAUUAGCCCUUUCAUACGAAACAUCUAAUUUUAAAUGUAAUAUAAAGUAAAUUUGUAAAUAAUAAAGUAACUUACCUUGGUUGCUGAUUUAUUUGGAAGAUUAAUAUGGAUAAUAGUGUGUUAAUGUCCUUCUGACGAGACCACGUUAUUAUGAAUCUUAAGUUGUCUUGAUAAAUGGGUAAUACCGUCGGAUUUUAUUUUAUGCGAGUUCAACUGAGUCUCUUAUUUCAACUUCGAGUGCUUUUUAGACUUCUAGUUUACUAACCUUCACAUUUUCCGACUGCAGGUGCAAUGUCGAGCCAUGAUGCUGACGUUUCGCGCUUGUGAGUCCACAUCAACAUGAAGGGAAGUCGAUGUUUAAGUUUUGAAUAAUUAUUAAAUUCGUAUGCAAAAUUCCCAUAUAACACUGGAACCAAUAGGCCUACCCUCAUGAUAUAAUUUAGUUAAUUUUCACUCUUUUUGGCAAUACAAUAUUUUAUUUUUAACAUCUAGAAGUGGUGUUUUUAUGUUUAUUUGCUCCAAUUAAACAUAUAAGUAAACUUUGAAAAUCUAGUAUUCAUUACUAUGACUAAUCAUAAAUUUGUUUGUGAAUGUG